GCCCACAACGGUUCGCUCUCCUCGACUCUUCGCUUCGCUCACUCCAUUCACACACAAUGCCCGACCUCACGAUCCACCACAUGCUCGGCUCGCGCUCGGAGCGCGUCGUCUGGCUCGCCGAGGAGCUGGGCAUCCCCUACAAGGUCGUCAUCCACAUGCCCAACACCAAGAGCGGCAAGGUAACGAGCACGCUCACGGACCACGUCAAGGAUGGCAAGGCUCCCUCGGCGUUCCUCGACGGCGAGCUCCUCAAGGAGUCCGGGUACAUCAUCGAGCGCCUGGUGCGCACCUUCCCGUCGUCCAACAUCGAGUCCACCCCGUCGCUCGACUCGGUGUACUGGGCGCACUUCGCCGAGGGCCGCAUCAUGACGCAGUGCGGCGCGGCCAUGCUCAACAUGGUUUCGCUCCCCGUCAUCUCCAAGAACAUGAGCGAGGAGGAGAAGAAGGGCGCAGCAGCGUACUCGGCCCACCUCGCAAAGUCGUACAAGGUCGAGGGCGAGAAGGCGCUCGCCGAGGCCGAUGCGUUUCUCCAGACGCACCAGUGGUUCUCGGGAGGCGACAAGCCAGGGAUUGGUGACUUCAUGAUGCUCUUCCCCCUCACGUGGUUCACCAAGGCCCAGAACCCGCUGGGAGCCAAGCUCGCCCCAGCGACGUUGGCGUGGCUGGAGCGCAUCAAGCAGCGCCCAGCAUACCAGAAGAUGCAGAAGCGUGUCUCGGACGAGCGCAAGACGCAGCUUCCCAAGCCCAAGAUGUAAAUUGUAGUGUCAUGAAAUGCAUGUCUUGGAUGGUG